CAGAGAUAAGUGUCAGUUUGUCUGUUUCAGAGGCUGGCUGUGGAAAAUUGCUGGGCUUUAAUUGUUAAUCUCAGUGUGGGGCACUUGGCUUUUGGGGAACAUGAAUUUGAGAGUAAAUGUAUCUACUCCUGAAUUUUGAAAUUUUAGGAAAGGAAGAUGGAUCAACCUAGUGGAAGGAGUUUUAUGCAAGUAUUAUGUGAAAAAUAUAGUCCUGAAAACUUUCCUUACCGCCGUGGUCCAGGGAUGGGAGUCCAUGUCCCAGUUACACCUCAGGGCUCUCCUAUGAAAGAUCGCCUCAACCUCCCGAGCGUCCUGGUGCUGAACAGCUGUGGGAUCACCUGUGCAGGGGAGGAAACCGAAAUCGCUGCCUUUUGUGCUCAUGUGUCAGAGCUGGAUCUUUCUGACAACAAACUCGAAGACUGGCAUGAGGUCAGUAAAAUUGUGUCAAAUGUUCCCCAGUUGGAGUUUCUAAACCUGAGUUCCAACCCUCUGAAUUUGUCAGUUUUAGAAAGAACAUGUGCUGGGUCCUUCUCUGGGGUUCGCAAACUUGUCCUCAAUAACAGCAAAGCCUCCUGGGAGACAGUGCACACGAUCCUGCAGGAGCUGCCAGAUUUGGAGGAGCUCUUCCUGUGCCUUAAUGACUAUGAAACAGUGUCUUGUCCUUCUAUUUGCUGUCAUUCUCUGAAGCUCCUACAUAUAACAGACAACAAUCUCCAAGACUGGACUGAAAUACGAAAGUUAGGAGCUAUGUUUCCUUCACUGGAUACCCUGGUCCUGGCCAACAACCACCUGAACGCUAUUGAGGAGCCUGACGACUCACUGGCCAGGUUGUUUCCUAACCUGCGGUCCAUCAGCCUCCACAAGUCAGGUUUGCAGUCCUGGGAAGACAUUGACAAACUAAAUUCAUUCCCUAAACUUGAAGAAGUGAGAUUGUUAGGCAUUCCUCUUCUGCAGCCAUACACCACCGAGGAGCGCAGGAAGUUGGUAAUAGCCAGAUUGCCAUCAGUUUCCAAACUUAAUGGCAGUGUUGUUACCGACGAUGAGCGCGAAGACUCGGAGAGAUUUUUCAUUCGUUACUACGUGGCUGUUCCACAGGAAGAAGUGCCAUUCAGGUAUCACGAACUGAUCACAAAGUAUGGGAAGUUGGAGCCUUUGGCAGAAGUGGAUCUAAGACCCCAGAGCAGUGCAAAAGUAGAAGUCCACUUUAACGAUCAGGUGGAAGAAAUGAGCAUUCGUCUGGACCAGACAGUCGCAGAACUAAAGAAACAAUUAAAAAGCCUCGUGCAGCUGCCCCCGAGCGGCAUGCUGCUCUAUCACUUCGACCAUGAGGCGCCCUUCGGCCCCGAGGAGAUGAAGUACAGCUCUCGGGCCUUGCACUCCUUUGGCAUUAGGGAUGGAGAUAAGAUCUAUGUGGAAUCCAAAACCAAGUGACCUCCCAGAUUGGACUGCACACCCCAGGACUUCGCAGGGCAGUUUCCUGGGUUUUCUUUAGGAGGGAGAAGAUUGGUUUGGUUUGGUUUUGCUUUGCUUUGUUUGGGGGGUAGAGGUGUAUCCCCCCCCCACCACCCCGGAAUGGGUCGGGGGCUGUUUGAGGUAUUUUUUUACCAAGAUUUCUUUAGCUCUGCCGGCAGAAUUGGCCAAAUCUCCAGCCUGUGUGCCCUCCCUCCCCAAAGGAUGACUGAGAAACCCCGUCUUACUGUGUGCACCGGGCCACCUGCUGCUGGGUUAUCAUUCCGUCAGACCCGUGAGGACGAGGGUGGCAUGGGAGUGCCUCCCUCCGAGGGUGUCUGGAGAAAUCAGGAAACGAGGGUCCUCGCAGGAAGGGCCAGCCCUCCCCCCGUCCCUCUCCUCCCUCCCUCUCGCUCUCUGUGUUCUUUUGGUUCCAUUUCUCAUUGUGACUUAUGUCAGCACGUUUACUAAUGGUUUUAUUCUGUCCAUAAUUAACUUCUCAACUUGGGUGAUUUUUUUUUUUCAUUUCUCCCUUUUGAAAUAAUUUAAAGUGUUUUAAGCAUUUUCUAACCUGAUUCUGACUCAGACACUCACUUAGGAGCUAGGACUCUAUUAGGAGCUUGAAGAAGAGUAGGCGGAGAGUUCAGCUCCAGGAACACUUGCUGUUACUCUGCACAGCCCGACAGAGCAGGCUGGUCUCAGUUUUAAUGUUCAUCACACAUUGUGUCAGCCUUGGCUCUCAUAACAUGGAACAGUCAGAUCCCAGAGGUUUUUAUUUUUUCUGAUUGACUCUUUGUCAUGACUUUAAGCUUCUGAAAAUAGACACCCUAGAGUCAUGCAUAGCUGAGGGCGAGCUCAUGAGUGCAGUGGGGAGCCUGGGGGUGCAUGGGGCGGGCGCUGUGAGGCUUCCUGGGGUCGUCAUUUGAAGGCCCUGCCCCUGCACUUGUCAGGGAAAGAUGGGAACUAGCAUCGGAGGAGCUCUGGUUCCAGUUCUCGCCUGGGACCUGGUGAAGCCAUAAUGGAGGAUUCUCCUGGUUUCACAGUUUCACUUAGUUGCCCCUGCAGCACCACUCUGAUUGGUGAGUGUCCAGACUUCAGAACUGCCUCCACAUCAGAGUUUUUGCAGAAGCAUAUUUAAAGCACUUGUCUUUGAGAUCUAGCUCCUUCCCUGCUCUGAAGUGUUGAUUUGUUCUAUCCCUUUGUCAGUCAGUGCAGGCUCUUGCUUAUAAUGUGUUUUUCUUGGUCCACCGUGUAUAGAGAGAGACUUCGCACAGGCGGGCAGGAGGCAUGCACAGGCAGGAUUUUCAGAGAAUGUAAUCAUUAGGAUGGUUUUUGGCCUUUUAACAUGCUUCCACCACUCCUGUGAAUGUCUUAGGAAAUUCCUUAGGUGGCUUGUAAAUUCUUCAUGUAAAUGGUGUUGUGUUUAUUACUAUUACUUUUUAAAUUUUCCUAUGCCAUAAUAGCAGAAAUUUAUUCUCUUAUGCACUUCAGGUUCAGUGUUUGUAAAGCCUUUGACUCAGGCCUCCCGAGUCCAAUCUAUAUUCACCGAAACAGUAAAGGUGGAAACCAAAGGGAUUGCGAUGACGAUGAGGCCCCGUCUCCUCUCCGGACUUGGUCCUUCCCAGUCAGAACAUGGGCUGUGGGGGCCAUGCUGCGCAGACAAGAGUCAUUAUUUUGCAACCACAAUUUCCCGGCAUAUUUUUGGAAGUGGGCAAAAGUGUGGCCCUAGUGUCAUGAAGGUUAAAACUGUGGAGGCUUUGUGUAUGUGUGCAUGAGUGCAGGCGAGUUUGAGAGAGAAACUGUAUAGUUGAGCCUUUUGCUUUUGUCAGCCAAGGAGAUAGAUGCACCCUUAUUUUUUGAGGUUGUGUGGCCCCUGACUGUCCCCCACAGAAGGCAGAGGGAACACGUGGGUUAUGCUUUAAUCAUAAGUGGGAUGGUCACAAUUGGUAAGCUAUUUUAUAUAUGACAGAGUUCUAUGAAAUGCUUUUGUACUGUAGAGGCCUGCCACCGACUGCAGGUGCACUUCCAUCACACUCGCAUGUCAGGGGACUGCUCCUUUACCUGUGGGUGUGGGUGUUGUAGGGCAUUGUAAUGGAUGGUUUUAAAACUUGCUGAAUAAUUUUUGAUUGAGACAAAAUGUAAUACAAUGACCGGUCUUUUAGAGUUACAGAAGUGAGAAAAGCGAUUGAACAUGUGUACUUGUAGACUUGUUUGGGUGGCUGAGUAAAGAUGCUUCUUUUGAAAUAAAAUUGGUGCUGCAUAGA